AUGUCCAGACAAGCUUCGAUCGAGUUCCCAUUUGAUGACCAAAAUGAAAUGCAGAAAUUAUACCCGAUCGACUUUGGACCAGAGGAUCAGUUGCCGAAAAUGACGACAGAGCGGCGAUCAAAGAUUGUCUACAUCGUCGUCUUGUUUAUUUUAUUUCUUCUUAUCGCUAGCCUAUUGGCUAUUUAUUUGGUCAGAUUGAUUGAU